AUGUCAACUAAUUAAAUAGGAGCAAUUAACUCAGAGCUUUUAAAGGAAAAGGCUUAAUUGGCUUCAUAGAUUGAUACUAUGUUUCACAUGGAUGUAAGGAUGGAUAAUUUGAAAUCUUACUUAUAGAAUAUAUCAAAUGUAGUUAACUAGUAAUCUAUUAUAAUUAACUAGCUACAAGCUGAGAUGAAAACAAAAAUAACUGCAGAUAGAGUUGAAAAAGCUUUGAAAACUGUAUCAACAGUUAUUGAAAUUAACGAUGCUGAAUUGUAAAAAAAAGUAUCUGCAUUGGUUGAUAAGCCAAAAGUAGAAAAUACAGGAGAUGUUAUUAUGGAUGGAGCAAAUAUGAUUUGUAACAAAAUUGUGUAUUUGGGAUAAGCAUGUAGUUUAAUUUACAAAGGAAAUAAAGAUUGGGAGAGAAAACUCCAAGUUGUGGAAAAUGAGCUCCCUAAAAAGAUUACAAGAGAUGUAGUUAAAGAAAAAGUUAGUAAAACAAAGAAGAAAUUAUUAAAUGAAAUAGAAGAAUUCAAGAAAAAAUGCCAAAAAUAAAUUGAUGACAGCAAUAAGCGUGUUGACAGCUCUCUUGGUAAAAUGGAAAUAACAGUCAAAGAUACAGAAAAAAAAACUCUUUGGAAAAUAUCAGAUUGUGAAGCUCUUUUAUAAAAGAGAAUUACAGCUGAUUAUGUUGAUAACACUGCAAAGACGCUAGAAGAAAAAUUGAGGAGAGAAAUUUAAAAAGUUAAAGAAGAAAGUUUUGGUGAAGUAUUCCAUAAAAUUGAUUUACUAAAUGAUAAGUGCAAGAAUUUGGAUGAUUAGAUUUAGGAAAAGUAAAAAAGCUUAAAGAAAUUAGUUAAGGAUUUAGAAGACGAUUUGCUAGGUAAAUUCUGCUCAACUGAUAAAUUUGAAACAAACAAGAAGACUGUAUAAGAUAGACUCAUUGAAUUAGAUAAUAAGAUUAGUCUUUUAGAUAGAAGAGGAAGUGCUGUAGAUCUGGGAGAGAAACUUGCUAAGCAGCUUAAAGAGCUAGAGGAAAAAAUAUUUGCUCUUUAAAGAGAAGAUGGUCACCUCAGAAACUCAAUACAAGAUCUGACAGUAAAGUUAGAAUUGGUUGGUAAAUCAAUUCCUGAGGACUCUGGUGAAAAGAGUGAAGGAUUCUCUUUGGCAGAUCCUCACAAACUUUGUGCUAUUGAAAGUGAAGUCAAGCGCCACAAAGAUGAAAUUUCAGAUUUAAGACGUAUCCUUUCAAAUUCAGAUCAUGAUUUAAGAAGAAAAUUUGAUGCUCUUGAGCAUAAGGUACUUAGUUAAUUUAAUAAUGCAUAAAGGUUAUAAGAGUAGUCUGGAAUUUCUAAAGAAGAUGCUAUUACUAUGAUAGAAAGAGCAAGAAUUAUUUUAGAAGAAAGAAUUAAAGCCUUGGGUUCAGAUGUUGAAGAUUUAAAAGGAAAACUUGGCAUUAUUAACGAAUUAGAUAAAAAAAUAAAAAAGAAAUUUAGAGAAUUAUAAGAAGGAAAUGGUGGUGGUGACUUGGAUUGGUAAAAAAAAAUUGAUUUAAAGGCUGAUGGAGAAGAUACGAAAAAAGAGUUCUUGUUAGUUGAUGAAAAGAUUAAAAAUAUAAUAGAAUUAGUCAAUCAAUUUAGAAGAGAAUUUGAAACAAUAGAAGAGUUCUAUAUGUAAUUAGCUUAAAUGCUUAAAACAAAUUAACAAGAAGCUAUCUCUAUUAUUACUGGUAAUUCGAAGAUUAUUCCAAACAGAUGUGUUGCUUGUGGUACUAAAGGAAGAUAGCAAUACCAUUCAUAAGAUAUGAAAGGCAUAGAUGGUAAAAUAUAUAGAGCAGACUUUGGAUCAUAGCAUCAAACUAGUGUCUAUGAGACAUAGGAAGUAUUUGAUGUCCUUCCGUCAACAAUUGGGUUGCCCUCUAUUAAUGUUACUGAUGAAAAAUUUAAUAAAAGCUAACUUACAACCAAGCAAUCAGUUGUCUCGUUCAAAGGAAGACCAACUUCUGCAAAAUCUGAUUAAAAUAGUGUGCAAUAGUCUUUUAUUUCACAAAAAGGUACUACUUAAAAGAGAUAUUGA